AUGGCCGACAAACGUGUGCACAAGCGAAUGGGCAGGUGGAUGAGCGGGGGCCCAGGAAAAUGGAAGAUGUGUAAGCAAGCGUGUUGGAGGGCAGAAGGGCCGGCGAGCACACAAACGGGUGAUGACGACCCGUGCGACCACCGCGAGCGCGCUGGGCGAAUGCCCCGCACGCAGACACGACCAACGAACGUGCGGGUGAGCAGGCGGACAACAGGGCCACUCGCUCGUGUCUCAUACUUGAGCAAAACAGCACCCGCCAUGUCCGGCCAGCCGGGGAUAUCGCCAGCGAGCUGCGACGCCGAAAGGGCGUCACGGAGUCUUCUAUUAGACCAGUACCAAGCGGUGCGAAACUAUUGCCCGCUCAGUAGUUGCCUCGCAGUUGCCAGUCCAACCACCGAGGUGGAGAAACCGCAGACUGGCCCUUCGCGCGACGACGAGUCCGACGUGUCAACGAGGUCCCACCAACGUGCAGCGUGUCUGCAAGCCCGACGGACAGAUCCCCCGACAUGUACCAAGGCAGGCGCAGACGACGCCCCGCAAGAUGCGCAGACGGACAGUACAUCUCGUGCCCGGCAAGCCACCCCGCCAGACGUGUCGACGCACACGUCGUCGCUUGUUGCGCCCCGGUCCGCGCUCGAUAAGUCUACGUCCCCGCCACGCCUCCACUCGCCUGCGCCCCUCAGACUGUCGCUGCGCCUCCGUUCCUCGACCACUCUCGGAACCAUGUGCGGAGAUGACCUCUCGUCCGCUCGCGCCGUCUCACCUCCGAGUCGUAGACCCACCCAUCUUACUUCCGCGAGACCCAUUGCAGCAGAUACAGGACGAGACGGAUACCCGAGCCUCCGGGCAGCAGCUAUAGGGCUCGUGGCAUCCAACCUGGCUGCCUACACAUAUGGCCCGCCGUCCGAUGACUCAGACUCGCCCCGCACGAUGGUGUAUGUGCCCGGCCUGGCACUUGCGCGAGGCAGACGUCAUCGGAGCUGCUGGGUGAUGACCCAUGCCAGUGCCUUCCGAACCACAGGCGAUGACUAA